AUGGGAAACCAAUUAAUGCAAUUGUUUCUGCCAUUUUCUCUAAUCAGUUUGCUCAUGUUCGAUGUUGCAUUACUACCAAGCAAGCUUGAGACAAACUCCAAAUUCUUCAUGAGGAAAGUUGAAGGGUUAACAAAUGAGGCUUUGGGGUUAGGGAAGCCUAUUGAUGAAACAACCAUUGUUCAAAAGAUUUUGAAAUGCUUGUCCAAGAGAUUUCAAGCAAAGAAGGCUGCCAUUCAAGAGUUUAAGGACCUAAAUGAGAUCAAGCUUGGAAAAUUAGUUGGGAAACUUAUUACUUAUGAGAUGGAGCUUGACAUGGAUGAAAGUGACUCCAAGAAAAGAAAAGAAGCAGCCCUUCGUGGUGUUCAGAAUUGUGAGGUUGUUACUGAUGUAUCUGGUCCCUGCUUUGCAUGUGGUGGAAGUGGGCAUUGUUCUGCUGAUUGUGCUAACACCAAACUCCUUGGUCAAAAGCGUGAAAAGGAAAUGAUGGUUGCUUUGAGUGAUGACAAUGAACAAGGUUUUGUGCAAUCUGAUCAGUUGUCAGAUGAUAAAGAAAAGGUUGUUACUUUUGUUGCUCCAAUUGAAGAAGUGUCUCUAAGUGAUGAUGAUUCCGUUCUAAAUGGCAAUGAGGAUAAAACUUAUGAUGAAUUGUGCAUUAAAAAAUUGUACUCUGGAAAUACCAACUUGCUGAAGGAUCAGGUGGACUGUCUCAUCAUCGAAAUCAACAGAAUUGCUCAGCUUGUUCAUUCUUCUUCAUCUGGAAAUAUUAAGCUAAGUUCGAAGUGGGUUGAGAAUGACUCAAAAUGGUGCCUAGUUGUUCUAAAUGUUGUAUCUUUAACCAAACCAAAUGUGUGGUAUCUUAAUAAUGGGUGCUCUCAUCACAUGACUGAAGAUAAUGAGGCUUUCUCAUCUAUUGCUCUUUUUAUUGGCGGUGGUGUUAUGUUUGGUGGUGGAGACAAGUCUCAGAUCAUAGGGAAAAAUGAUGUCAAGAUCCCUAGAUUACCUAAGCUUGAAAAUGUUAGCUAUGUCGAUGGGUUGAAAUCAAAUCUCAUUAGCAUUAUCUAG